UCUUUAAUUAUUUUCGAAAUCUAACAAUUAAUCUAAUUACAAGUUACCCUUAGUUUGUAUUGAUUUUAUGGUUGUACGACCAAGUGUUGAAAGUGUCUUUUCAGCUUUGAGUUACAUCAAGAAUAAAUUUAGAAGUCAAAUAUGAAUCAGUUCGUGAGAUUGUCUAGUAGGAUAUACCGAGACAAAUUUGUUGAGGAGUGUAAACACCAAUUGUAUUUUAUAAAAAAAAAUUAGAAUAUGAAAAUACAUCAUUGAAUUUUUUUAACAUGUACGAUUUGUGAAUUAUCUUAUUUAAUUUUUAUUAUUUAAUAAUUAUUUUACUUCAUUUUUGAAAGAAGAUACCCCUAUGUAAAAUUGUUGGAUCCCCCACUCACCUCUUACAUUACACACUACUUGAUAAAAAGGUGUUCCUUGGAAGCACACCGGUCAAAUCGACACGUUUGUGCUUUAUCGCCGGCUUGUUCGAUUAGUCCAAGAUGCAAAAGAAACACCUGAUCACCGGCGGCGAACUGUCAAGGCAGCAGCCCGCAGCGCAGUCGACGGCCGCCGCCGUUCAUUUGAUUAAAGCCACUAAUUAAAACGAGACAAAAGCAUGUGAAAUUGUGUGAACAAUGAAAUUAUCUCUUUCUUAAUUACAAAUUGUAAGCAAAUAAUAAGAAAACAAAUGUUCGUUCUGCAUUAGCGGCCUUUUUUUCUUUUUGGCAUUUGUGACCUGAACGGAUCCUUUCUCCAGAGCAUCCAGCUGUGGUGAGCUGGUACAAAAGAACCCCACACUUUCCUCCAGGCGGCCGGUGAGAUUAGCAAACUAGCAAGCAAGGCAAGAGAUCGAGCAUUGGCUGGAGCGCGUGUGGUUCAGUUUCUCUACUAUUUCUUAAUUUAAUGGCACUUUUUCUCUGUCAAUUUAGUGAAUUUUUUACUAUUAAUAUAUUGUUUCUGCCAGUGCAGUGCACCUGUUCUGUCCUUCUCUCGCUUUUUCCCUCAACGAAAUUUCUCCCGAUUCCUUUUUAUCAUAAAAUCUUUUUCAUUAAUUUUUAUAAUAAAUUUGGACGCAGUAAAGAUAUUAGUUUGUCACGUUAAACCUGUUUUAAUCAAAUUCAUAUUAAAAAUUCUUUCCCCUCUAAUUUUUAACUAUUUUAAGGGCAACCACCUGUUUUCCGACUGGGCCUCUGGAUCGGCCUACUGAAAUUUUGGGCCGGACUCAAUUGGGCCGUUAUCAAAGAGGGAGGACUGAUUUGUUGAUUAAAAAGGAAAUAGAGGACCUUUCGCGGAAAAACCAAAACUGAACAAGAACGGAUAAGCCAGCGUGAACAGAAGAGAAGAGAAUCAAUUGAAGAAGAGAAGAGGCCCUCUCCUCGUCUAGUCUCCACCACAGAAACACACGGCCAUCAUCAUCAUCACCACCACCAUUCUCCCAUUUCCAUCCCUGACCCAGAGUCUAUUCAUUUCAAAUCUGUAUCUUCUCCGCCUUGACACAGCCGCUCGGCCGGCCAUGGCUUCCCUCCAAAACGCGCCUUCUCUCUAUCGCACAUUGUCUUUCUUCCCUCACCAGCAGGCUGGAGGGUUGCAGAAGCAGCAGCUGCUGCAAGGAAGAGGGGUUUCGUUUCUUGUUCGAGCCGACCAAUCUUCGCUUAGUUCCCCUGCUUCCAAUUCUCAAGCUCCGACUAUAUCAUCGGGGAGACGCCAACUGGUUGCUGUUGGGAUGAUUGCCCCUUUCGUUUCUCUGGCUGCUGACUCUUCUUCUACUUCGUUUGCUGCAGAAAAUAAAAAGGGAUUCCUGCCGGUGACGGACAAUAAGGAUGGAUACUCAUUCCUCUACCCAUUCGGUUGGCAAGAAGUGACGAUUGAAGGUCAAGAUAAAGUGUACAAAGAUGUGAUUGAGCCACUUGAAAGUGUGAGUGUAACCGUGUUUCCGACGAACAAGCAAGAUAUUCGAGAUUUCGGGCCCCCUGAUCAGGUUGCAGGAACACUAAUCAAAAAGGUUUUAGCCCCUCCUUCCCAGAAGACCAAACUCAUUGAAGCCAAGGAGCAAGAUGUUGACGGAAGAGCUUAUUACACAUUCGAGUUUGUAGCUCAGGCUCCCAACUUCACCCGCCACGCCCUUAGUGCAAUUGUUAUUGGCAAUGGAAAGCUAUACACCUUGACAACAGGAGCUAAUGAAAGGAGAUGGGGGAAGGUGAAGGAUCAGUUGCAGACAAUCGUGGAUUCAUUCAAAGUUGCCAAUUUUCUGAAGUGACAAUUCUCACAGAGGACGAACCUAUUUCGUUUCCUAUUGAAAGCACAAAAUUGCUGUGCAUUUUGCAGAGUUGUAUAAGGCUAAUAAUCACCAAAAUUGAUUAACCUGUUUCCAGUUUCCAGUUUCAAAUAUAUACAUCUCUCUAUCUUCCUUCUGGUGUUUCUUGGCUGACAAAUUAGGCAAAUUCAAUAUUAAAGCGCAUGAACUUGA